AUGUUUCAACAUUAUCUACCGACAUCAGUAAUAACAUCGCAUGGAAUAUCUUCGAAUUCUUGUUACAACAAAUGUGAUUCGGCUCCUGUUGACGCUAUAGCGAUUAUAACAAAAGAGGUUAACAACAUGGUAACGCACAAUAUGAACAAUUCACUAGCAACCCUAUGCAACAUAGGCAAUUCGUGCUAUAUGAAUUCGGUUUUGUAUACAUUACGCUUUGCUCCAAAUUUUACGCACAACUUGCAUCAUCUCGUAGAAUUCUUGGAAUUGGUGCUACAUAAAUCGAAUGCGGAGAAAAAGUGUUUGGUGGAGCAUAACCAAUAUCAGCAAAAUCAUGUGGCAGUGCAGUCGACGAAACCAAAAUCUUCGUCCCUUGGGCGUAAUAUUUCGGGAUUGCACGGUGCGAGUGGACAUAGCUGGAGUAACAAAGAUUUAAUUUCUCUCGAAAGCAACAGUGCCAAUGGAUACGAUACAUCGGCUAAUCAUACCACUGUUGUUUCAUCUGGUGGUGGGUCUGGUGUUCUAAGCGAUAUAAACACAAGUGACAAAAGUGCUGCCUCGAAGCACCAUGCCGCCGUGCUUAACGGUAAUGCAAUUGGUACAGCUUACUCAAACUGUUCCGCUAACAUAGCAAAUAAUGUACGAGAGUCUGAAACCAAUGUCACUGGAAGUGGUAUAAAAAGUAACCGGCAGUUGGUUUGUGAAAUACUACACGAGCUAUUCCACAAUCUUGCGCGUAAUGAAACAUCUGAUAUAAUCGAACCAUUUCAUGCUGGUGGAUUGUUACAAGCAGUACAAAAUGUUAGUACCACUUUCGAAGGGAAUCAGCAACAAGACGCACAUGAGUUUCUCAUGUGCUUGUUGGAUAGUGUACGAGAGUCUUGUCAUACACUUAAUGAAAUUCUUCUAGAAAACCCAGAAGUCUUAAAAAAUAGCUCACUUUCGAAUAUUGGUCCUACGGCAGUAGCAACAGCUCCUAUUGCAGAUUUUUCAAUGGAUACUACAUCAAUUACAACGGCUGCCGAGCCCAAGUCAAGUGGCACACAGUUCAUUGGACGUAACAUUUUUCGCCGGCGUAAAGAGUCACAAAAGAAUACAAAAGCUCUUUUAGCGAAAGAAAGCUCUACAGUAGCUACUAUGGCUACGGACAACUUGGCAAAUGUGAAAACGGCUACAGGCAAUAAUUUUAUAGAGUCAUUAUCAUCUUCCAAGGAAACGGCGCCAACGGCAACGGUCACUUUAUCGAAUGGUGGAACGACAUCGUUUCAAAAACCCAGUGCAGCAGAUGAACAAUUAAAGGAGCGCAUUCGGACUUUAGGCUUGAAUUUUUUUGCUGACGACUUCGAAGGAGUCACGGUGUCGCGGACGCGAUGUCUAUCAUGUGAAACAGUUACUGAGCAGAAAGAAACCAUGAUCGAUAUUGCAAUUCCAAUCACAAGUAACGAAAUAAGUGAUGCUGCUAAGAAUCCUCAACAAUUUUAUCAGGAUGCAUGUAUUACACAAGAGUAUUUUAGGACUGAUAAUAAGUAUCGUUGCGAAGUGUGCUCCAGAUAUACCGAGGCAUGUCGCACAAUUUCGUUUGAUAUUCUACCACGGCUGUUAGUUUUGCAGCUAAAACGAUUCAAUGGUGACAUGGAGAAAAUCAACACCUAUAUUCCCACGCCCUUUGUACUACAAUGCUUUUGUCGAGAAUGCUUUGGAAAAGCAGACAGUGAAAAGAGACACAUCUAUAGAUUGUACAGCGUUAUAACGCAUGUUGGCGCGCGUAUGUCGGUUGGACACUAUAUUGCAUAUACCAGCGCUCUUGACAUCCCACUGCAAUACAUUAAUUGUGUAAAAGAUCGCCAACGAAAGCAAGUUCUACUUGAUACAACAACAUCACUUGCUGAUUCGCUCUCCAACGCCGAAGGUGUGUGCUCUAACGGCAGCGUGUGUACGAAAAAUCAAAGUGUCGUGAGUGAGAAAAGUGCAUCCGGUCAAUUAAAAAAGCUGUUUGGAGGCAAAAAGGCAUCGAGCGCUGGUGAUGUUAGUAAAAAGUUGAAGAAUAACGUAAUCAAUCGAUUCUCCCCUAGCAAUGGCAUAGAAGCGCUGCAUCUUUACGAAAAUUCCGUUAUACCCGUCGAUAAGCCAACCAUCAGAGCUGGAUCUAAUGAUAAUUUAUACAGUAUCCAUCAUAACAACAUCAUUCCUAAUCUCCUCCAUCAUCAUGUCGCUGGUGAUUUUCCAAUCAACGGGAUCAGUGGUGCGGGAAAUGGUGGUAAAUCAUUAAAUUUGAUGAAUGAUUCGUCUUGCCAAAGCGUUGGAUGCUGUGCUGUGAUGUCCGCAAAACAAUCGGUGGCUAACAAUAGACUCCCACCCAACGACUGUGGGAGCAACAAUAGUGGUGAUGUUUUAUUACUUUCUGAAAAUUCACGCAAAAAUAGUAGUCAUAAUUUAUCGUCCAUGUCGUCGUCGGGAUCAAUGUUAGCAGCAUCAUGCGGCGCUAACUGUACCACCAAUCAUCACAACUUUAAUUCGUCUAGCAUCGUGAAUGGUGAUAAUGCACGAUCUGGCGUGUUAACAGCGACGAGUUGUCAAUCGUCGACUUGCUCUACGAAAUCGAUGCUUGAUCGCGUUGCUGCCGGUGGUAACAGUGAACUCAGUGCUGGAAAUAACACGACUCGAGGAGGCCUGCCUGCUUGUCAGCAGCAGCUAAUGUGGUACAUGUGUGACGAUGAUAAAAUAAAAAUUAUGACGCAGCUUGAAUUUGAGGAAAUACUUUCCCCUAAUCGGCGUCAUGUGAUAACACCAUAUCUAUUAUUUUAUGCGCGUUAUGACGUUCAACAGAAACAAGAAUCAGAGCUGGAGCAGGAGCAGGAAUCGCAUAACCAACACAACCAUCAACAACCACAAUCUCCAUCGUUGCAACAGCAAAACUACCACCCGCAGCACCAACAGCACUACAAUCUCAGUCUAAACAAGUUCGAAAACAUAGCAUACAAAUCGGAGGCCGAUAUAAAAGUACUCAACGUAAAUGCAUGA